AUGCAGCGGCAACAUUGCCACACCAAUGCGUUUUGCGGGAACCUCGUCAGAAUGGGCGAGCCGGAGGAGAAGCGUGCCCGUCUCGAAGUCGACUACCUGCUGAACCAGGCUCCCGAGGAGAAGCGACGCAUGAUCAAGCAGAUCGACGAGAUCCAGAGCCACGUCGACAACCUCAAUGAGCAGGCGUCCGAGGAAGUCAUCAAGAUCGAGCAAAAAUACAAUCAGCUCCGCCGGCCCCAUAUGGAAAAGAGGACAAAGCUCCUCAAGGAAUUCCCCCAAUUCUGGCCGAUGGCGCUCCUCAACCAUCCCCAAAUCGCUGCCCUGGUCGCCGAGGACGAGGAAGAUGCACUGAUGUCUCUAGCUGCUAUUGAGAUUGACGAGGCCGACGACAUCAAAAGCGGCUACAAAAUCACUUUCCGGUGGAAGGAGAAUGAAUAUUUCGAAAAUGACUCGAUGACCCGUGAAUAUUUCUUGGGUGGAGACGAGCCGGGUUGCAAGAUCACCCAGAUCCGCUGGAAGGAGGGGAAGAAGCUUGGAAAGAGUUCGGAUCGCAAUGCCCCAUUCACAUUCUUCGCGUGGUUGGACACGAACCUCGAGCCGGCGGCCGAUGAUAUUGCCGAGGUGAUCAAGGACGAUAUUUGGCCGAACCCUCUGCAAUACUAUCUUGUCCCUGAGACGGUUGAAGUUGAUGAUGAAGUUGAGGAUGAGGAGGCCGAGGAUCUGGAGGAGGUUGAUGACGAAUCCUGGACGGAGAAUAAA